CGCGGGCCGAGCGCGGGUGCCGCACCCCCUGUCUGCACCAAUCACCUCCCGUAGCCCUGCAGGGAGGGGCCGGCCCAGGCAGCCUGCCCGCCCCGGGGUCCCUCCGGCCGGCGGGCCGAGCCGUGGGGAGGGUGCAGCGGGAGCGAGGGACGGGCGCUCGGGAAGGGGCAUCGCCCGCGCCGAGGGGCGGGCCAGAAGGAGAGGCCGAGCGAGGAGCUGGCGGGGUCUCCUUGGGACUGCGCACCGGCCUCCGGCCCUACAGGCUGCCCCAGCCCCGCGUCUCGGCCCUGCCGGCAGCCGCUUCCCCCUGCGGUCACCGGGAGAGCCCUUUCCGUGCUCGGACAGCCGGGCCUCUAAACCGGUGCUAGCCUCGACCGUCCGGUGCUGUGCUCGCACCGUGCCGGGAGUGCUGUGCUCCCGUAGCCGGUGCGAGUGACAGCACGGUGACAGCAGUAUGUCACGGGAGGGAACCUGCUGUCAGGAGGUCACACUGUCCCGGGGUGCCCGUGGCCGGCUUUCCUCCAAUACAGCUGGCACUGCACCAAACAGCACCGAGUGGUUGGAUGUUGGAAAGUCCUCUUCCCAUGAAAUGUCACAGCCAGAACACCCCUUCAGAUGUCCCAGCUGCUCCUGGGCUUGCUGCAGCCUGAAGAUGAUCCAUUUUGCAGCCUGUUGAGCACAUGUUGUUACUUGUGCUUGUUCGUUGGUCUCUGCCUCACCACAUCAAAAUUACCAUUACACCCUCUCUGGCUUUCCUGUGCCUGGCACUGCUUGGUCACUUUGGAGGUGGUGACUCUCACUGCUGGCUGGUGACGCUGGCUGGGGCUCUGUGGGAUCACUUCCCUAUCUGCCUCCCCUCCUUCGUGGGAGAUCCCCCGCCUGCCUCUGAACAACUGCAUUAUCCUCCUCCAAAUCCCUCUUUGGCCAUGACGUCUGCAGAGCACUUGACUGAGAUUAGUCUGUCAUGUGGAGGUUCUUACUCCCCCACUGACCUGUGCUUUCCCUUCUGUGGCUGCUCUUGGCUUGUGUCUCUUCCCUGCUUGUGCAGCUGGCGGCAGCACGGGCUCUGCUCCUGUGCUGUGGUGAGACCAGAGUUCUGGGGGAACAUGGGACAUGAGCAGUUCCUUGUUCUGGCUGCUCAGACGCUGACUUCUCCAUCACAGCUUUCUUGCCUGUGCACUGCCCUGUCCAGAACUGUCUCUGACAUCACCUGCAUUUCCCUGAUCAGGGUUUUUAGCGGAAUCUUCAUUAUUAUUUUGAGAGUAUCAAUAAAGCAAAAGAUUUUAUGUUGGUCUGGCGUCCAGCUGUGGAGCUGUGAGGCCGCCAGAAUCAGAGUUCUCUUGAAGGACUGCCCUGCCACCCAGUCCUGCCUGGACUGCCCUUUUGUGCCUAUUUUUCAUUGAAAGCAAUAAUUGAUGCUUUUAUGCUGGGCAGGCAGCUGCACAGUGCCCUGAGCGUGAUCCCAGUGUUGUCCCUCAGGCCUUUGUACACUUGGCCCUGGUGAUGUGUGUUUCCUUCAUACCGCCCUGCUUGAAUUUCCUGCUUCCUCCUCACUUGGCAGCAAGUGUCCUUGGAUCAACACCAGUUUGCUGUGACAGCAAGUUGUGGACCGUUGUUCAAACAAGAGAACAGCAAGGAGCAGUACUGCCUUGCCACAGCAUUCAGCAUCAGUGAAGCACAACUGGAACAGCCUCCAGCCCUGCUGCCAGGUCUCCAGGAGGAAGCUGCAGCUUUGGCAAGGGACUCAGAAUCAAUUUUUGAGCGGCAUCAGUUAAGAAGCUGAGAAAUUGAAGAUGGUGCUGGGAUGCAGUUAAAGUGCUUAGGCAUUUCUUAGUGUUGAGAUGGCUCGAUGGCGCUGGUUGAGGUGUCAAGGGUUGUUUUUCCAGUAAUUUGGACCUUUUUGAAGCACCUGCUUGCCUAAUGCCAUGAAUAUUGCGGUGAACAAUGAGGAAGAAAAAGCUGUCCAUUCCUGGUCAAGAAUUUCCUCUGCAGGACAGAAAGUUCUGGAGGAAGCCCUCCGAGUCUUCAACCCGAUGUCCAAGGAUCUUUCGGACACAGAGACCCAGCUGGUGGCCUUCAUCCAAGGCCUGAAGGAGGAGGGCUACCAGCCCACGAUUCUGAGGAGUAAGGAUGUGUACGGGUACAGCUCGUGCACGGCAGUCACACCGAGUCAGACGGGAGAAAACACGCAGCGCAGCUGUGCCAGCACCACUGAGCCCACCCAGAGUCCAGCCAGGAACUCAGGGGCAAAAGUGGCCCCUUUGCCCACCAGCAUUCCGGUGAGCUCUUUGAAAGUCUCCAAAGGGGAUUCCAGAAAUCUCCUCUUGAGCUCCUUGAAGCAGACAGGAUCUGGCACAUCCAAGGCGGCAACAGUGGGCUUCCCUACAAGCAUGUAUCCUGACGUGUAUCCAGCUAUGAGACUGUCAGUGGUUCUGGAAGCCCUGGUGCCGCUGAAAACUGCAACGUCCUGUUUGGAGUCCAAGUACACACAGGGGCGUCUUGGGAUCUCUCCCUCAGACCUUAAACUCCUCAAGACUUCAGGUCCACCAAGGCAGUUUUCUUCAGGCAAGAGCACUAAAAUAACCGAAGGCAAGGGGUACGAGCGUUUAGUUAAGAAAGCACCAGAUUCUGCCACCCAUGCUUUAAAGCUUCUGAAGGGACCAAAGGGUGGAGUGCUGCAGGAGAGCAACGCCUGCAAAGCCUCCGGAGUUCUCAACGGGAGAGUCGCAGGCAGCUCGUCCCAGGACUGCACCACAGCACCACAGCCCAAGACCUUGAAAAUCAAAGAUAAGGAAGUUCUGCUGGGAAAAACAGAGUGGAAGGACAGCAGCACUUACCAGGAGGGCACUAGGCAGAAGAAGAGAAGAGCUACAGAGGCUAAAGAAGCACCACAGAAGAAAAAAGCAAAUGCCAUUCCUGUCCGAAAGAAAACUCGAAAGGCUCAGAGCACUUUGAACCUGCUGAAAUUCCGGACCAUCAAGGUGGGCAACUCUUCCUCUGAUGAUGAAGUGAGGAGGAGAGCACAGAAGAUUCUUAGGGUCAACCUGUCCCCUGUGAUCCAAAUUCAGCCCUUGUCCCAUUCUCAUAGUGUCCCCUGAAUUUCUUCACUUUGUCACUUUUUUUUGUAAGUAAGUAAAUAUGAGCCUGGCACCAGAGCACAGAGAGGCUUAGGAGUGACUCUGUGUCUCUGGUGCCAAUUUGCCCACUAACCUGCAGACAGAGCAGCCCACUCUCGUGCUGUUCCUGCCUGUCUGCCACUGCUGUGCAGAACUGGCUGCAGAAAUCCAAACCCCUUUUUGGGAGUGUGGGAAGGUGACUCCGGCCAGCAUCGAGCUGAGCAGGCUGGAGAGCUCACUUCUCACCACGCUCCCCUGAACGUGGCAGGCUGUGCUCUUAUGCAGGGGAGAACACAGGACUUUCUCAUGACAUUGAUGCACUGUGAUAUUGCUCUUUUCCAAGCUGUACAUUUACUGGUUUUAUUUUGAUCAAAUUUUAUAACUUUAUUAUCUAUAUAUCUAUAUAUCCAUAUAUGUGCAUAUGGCCCAGGAACUGUGGGAAGAUGCACUUCCUCCAUCCCUUUGGGAUUGGGUUUGAUAGCUUUUGUUCCUCCUUCCCUUCAGCUAGCCUUUUGUUGAAAGGUGCCAGAAUUCCUUUGUGGUUCAUUGUUGUGACAGUCUGUCCUGGGCUCCCUUGAGCAGCUCGGAGGCAGCAGCAGUGUAGCCACUUGUUUGGCUCCAGAAUGCCAAACAAUCUGGAGAAUUACCAGCUGGUAGUUUUAAUCCUAUUUUCGGUAACCUCUGCAUAACAGUGGGGGAGUGUCACAGGGCUGCAGGUCUGUCUGACAUCUUUAGGCACCUCCUCCCUUUGUGGGUAGCAGAAGUUUUGAACACAUGGUAGGGAUUUGCCUCCAAAGAGGAUUCCUCCUCAGCACCCAGCAUUACUCUGCUCUCCUAUACCCCAGGUGCAGCUAUGGGUCAUGAAGUGUGACUGUUAGAGCCAAAGGGCUGGAAUUGUUAGCAUGAACUGUGUGGUGUCCUGCCCCCCAUGUAGCUGCUCUGCUGUUGCUGGGUGUUCCAGGAGCAGAUCCCAGGUGCUGGUAGAGAACUGUUGGUUUUGGCUGGAGUUAAGCCACAACAGAGACACACACUGUGUUUGAAUGCUUUAGCUACAUCCUGCCAGUCCCAGACUCAGUGGGAUGCUUGAGCCUGAGUUAAAGCAGAAAAGUAAAAAAUUUGGGAGGACAUACACCAGCACUUAAACACAGAGAGUCACUUUCUGUGGUUUGUGGGGAUGAAGCAGUAGGAGGGGAGAUGGGCAUCGUGUGGUGGGUGGCAGCCUUGCUGUGCCAUCAGGGAUGUCGUGAGAAGGUGUGUGGCAGGUGUGAGAGCUCUGUGUGGAAGGAGGAGUGCAGGCUCUGCCAUCCCUAGGAGGCACUGCAGAACCACUGCACACGGCUGCUGUCACCUCCCUGCACCGGGGCACGCUGUUGGAUCAGAACACAGCUCUGUGAUCUCUGCACUCCACAGGGAGGGAUCUACUAAUCCCAGGAGAAACACCUCGUUGGAGCAGUUAGUGCUGCUGCUGUCAACUGGAAGGGACAACCUGGUGUCCUGGGGAAAGGAAGAGGCAUUGGGCUGGGUAUGGGCCUGGCUCUGUACAUGGCUGUCUGCUCACAUGUCUGCAGCAGUAGUGUAAUCCACUCAUUCUCUCACCAGCUCAAAAUACCAGUUGUCUGACCUAAUAAUCUCUGUGAACAUUGGCUGAAGGGAUGAGCUCCCCAGGGAAGUCCCAGAUUCUUAUAUUUGAGCCCCACCCCCCAAGCACCUGGUUGGAUUUCAGUGCUUUAUAAAAUGGGUCAGUGUCUGGUCCCCAGCACAGAAAGGAAGACUGUGGUAUGGAGAGAAGAGAGGAGGUUCGUGACAGGGUGAGAAGGCAGGGAAGUUGAGUGUUCUGAAGUGCAUGUGUGUUCUCUCACCCACAUAGAGCAGGGUGGAGGUUCACUUUCACUAAGCAACCUGGUAUAGUGUAAGGUGUCCCUGCCCAUGGCAGGUUGGUUGGAGCAAGAUGAUCUUUAAGAUCCCUUCCAAUCUAAGCCCUUCAGUGAUUUUAUGAUUCAGGGAAUGAUUGCAAGCCCUGAACCCCACACUUGGAUUCUGAGUUGCUGUCAGACAUCAUAACUUGCAGUGUUUGAGACUGACCUGUGAAUGCCGCUGCUUGGCUGCCAAGGAGAAGGAAAUAUUUUCUUCUGCUUCUGUGUUUUAAAAUGCCCUGGCAGAGAGUUCCCUGUCCUGACCUGGUGCUGGAUGAACAGGGGCUCUCCAUCACUGUCAACUGGCCAAAAAUUGCUUUGUUCCUUUUGUUCCCACUCCUUCAGACCUUUCUCAUUCCCACGCUCUCAAAUGCCAGGUCUUGAAGUCCUGCACUGGUGUUUCUCUUUUGGGCUGUUUCCCGAGGAGGGCUCUGAACUCCUGCCUGUGGUAUUGCUGUCAGGCUGCUCAGCAGCUUCCCCUGUUCCCAGACCCUUAUAAGGGCACUGAGAGCUGUCUUUGGAGUCUCCUUAUGCAGCACAGGCGUCCCAGCUGAGCACUUGGCCUCCUCUGGGAAAAACAACGUACAUCAACAAGGCUGAAUCCAGGUCGAAGCCUCUUUUCCUCCAGCCUGAGUGGGAAGCUGAGCACCUGAGGCCAGCUUACCAGGGCACAUCCCUCCUCAUCACUGUGUGUCUUCUCUCAGCUGUACUGCUGCCUGCCUCUUCACUCUUUUCUAUCACCUCCUGUCUUUCACAGCUUGGGUCUCUGCCAGUCAAGGACUUGACUUGUAUUGUUGCUUAACACAUCCAGCACAGCAUCCAGCCUUUGUGCUGCCGUGCCUUUCCCAGCACUGAGCUGAGUUCUGUGCGUGCUUGGUGAUGACAGUUUGCCCUGUGUCCUUCCCAGGCCACCAGCAAAAGGUGUUCUGCUCCACAGGGAGAGACAUGCUUUGGAAACACCUUUGAGUCACUGAGACUGCUGCCAGGGAAGUGAGCACUCCAUAGCUGUAUGCUCGGGGACUUGCUCAUCACCAGUCCCCUCUCUGUCAGCUCUCCUGCGCAUCUCUAGCAGACCACAGGGCCCUGAGCAACAGGGCAGCGCUUAACCUCCAUUCCCUGCCCUCCUGUUGUCUCUUCCUCCUCUUGCAGGUGCUUCAGGAACUUGACUGAAAGGGUUGCAGGUUGUUAUAGAGGGGCUUUACAGCCUCUGUGCCAAUGCCAGCAACUGCUGCCCUGGUACCAGCCAGCCCUGGCAGAGGGGGUGCCUCAGUCUGGUGUGGGUUGGCUCCCCCAUCCUUCAGCUCAUGCCCGGGUGUGGAUGCUCCUGGUGCCCUUGGCACUGAUGUGCACGAGGCUGCAGAGGGGCUCUGUGUGGAUGUUGCUGUCUGCUGUUUAGGGAAGAUGAAGGGUUUGAUCAAACCUGGGUUACCUAAGACCUGGUCUAGCCAGAGGUCUCCCCCACAGGUCUCUUCCAUCCUGUGUUAUUCUGUGGCAGCUGAGUAACACUUCCAGGGACUGUGCAACAGUAACUGGCAGGCACAGAGAAAUGCAUUGCCCAGAGCGCUGUGGUCUCUGCUGAGCGUGUGGUAUGCACCUUGUUCAGACCUGUUUUUGUAUUAGUCACUUUGAAUUCAUCCAAGUGCCUAACCUGGCCUGUGUUGUUCUGGGCACUGCGACAGCAGAGAGCUUUGGAGACUCUCUUAGGAAUGCUUUUAACGCAUGGAUUUGUGCCACUGUCGCUUCUAGAAAUGAUUCGGCUAGCGGUCAAAGGGCUGUUCUUCCAACUGAUUUUUUGGAAAUAAUUUCUCCUUUUAUUCAGCUGCCAAGAAGCAGUUUAUGCUUCCUCUCCACCAGACAAGGUCCUUGAGCUUCCUGCAUGCUUCAGAUGUCCGUCAGCAAGGUCUGUGGGGAGAGCAGCCUGUCCGGCAGGCAGCUGAAGGGGAAGCUGACAUCAGAUACCAGUUGAAAUCACAAUGUUAAUUGGUAGAAAUGUUCUGAAACUCAUGUCCACUGUGAUCAGAUUUCGCCAUCUGCCCCUGCUUAUGGUUGUAGAAGUUUCUCUUCAGCCUCUUCCCUGAAAGCCAUGUAGCAUGUUGCUGCUGCUGCUUCUAAACUAUUUGCAUCCCCCAUGAGCCAGUGCUGUAGCAAUUCUUGUACAGAAUUUCUUAAGCACUUUUUUUUGCAAAAAAAGAAGGGAUUAUUUUGUUACUCCUGCUUGGCAACCCACAAGUGGUAUUUCAGUGUGUGAAUGAGGUGUGUGUGCUUCCUGGAAUGCUCACCUCACUGGGCAGCUCUCAGACCAGUUCAUACCACCAGGGCUGGGGUUAGUGGGCUGAGAUUCCCCCCACUGCCUGGUGCUUCCUUGCAUGGAGUUCAGCCAGUUGCCAGCUAAGACUAUGCCAGGGGAAUCAGCAGCAGAAUGGCACAGAUGGGUAAUGGUGCACUUGUGGCUCCAUGGUCCUGCUCCACAGCUGCCCGUGGUUUGUGGCCUGUCCUCCAGACCCCCCGGUACACCAGGAGCAUUUCUCCACUCCAGCUCCAGCUGUGGCAAGAGGGCUUGGAAGGCUCUGGGUUUUGGAAUUGAGCACAGAGUUUGUGCCCUCUUGUGCUGUGUUCAUGGCCAGAACUUGCCAGCGUGUGGGGGGUUCAGCCAGCCCAGCAGUUCUUCCCCUUGGGAUCCAAGUUCCCUGCCCUGUCUACAAGCUGGGCCUUUGGCCAUGGCUCAGGGGAUCCCUGGGUAUGGAGAGCAGGUUUGUCUCUCAGCUCCAGCUGGGCCGUGUGACUCGGGCUGGGCAGCUUCCCAGGCAGGUUCUGGUGGGAGGUUCCUUUUUUUGUCUGUGGUUGACAAGGUCAGUGCUGAGCUGUGGAGCACCGGCUGCUCAGCCAGGCUGGUUGGUUUUUGUGGAAGUGACAGUUUCUUUUUCAGUCUUCAAAAGGGCACUGGCCUCUUUGCUCCUGUGCUCAGAUGGGGAUGGCCUUGCAGGAGCUGAGAUGGCCUACAGAGAGGACAGCAGUUUUGGGAUAUCUGGCACCUUCCUGACAAUGCUGCAGCCCUCAGCUUUGCCAGCUAGGUGGGCUGGCACAACCUGUGGAGAGCACAGCAGGGCAGGAUGCUCCUGAGCCCUCACAUUGUGGACUCUGCUAGAGAGCACCAUGCUAGGGUUUCCCUCUCCUUGCAGCCUGUUCUGCCUGGAGCUGGGUGCUGUUAAGAAGGUGCCAGGUGCCUUGGAGGAAUCUUGUCCCAGAAGUCAUGAGAGGCUAGCCUUUGUCACCAGGUCAUCCCUGAGAGUGGAAUGAAGCUUGUCUGUAGUUGUGACACUGCUGGAACUUGCAGGUUGGCCAGCAGCUGCCUCCAAAGCCAUGGUGCUGAGGCCAGGCCCCUCCCUUUGCUUAGGAGCACUAAGGAAGGCUGGUGAAAAAGUGAGAAGCUGGGAGUAGGGAAAGCUAAAGAUACCAGCAGCACCUGGACAGCCAGCAGCCUGCUGCUUCUGUGUCUGCUGCAGAUGUGCAAACAGAGGAGCCAAGGCUGUGGCUUUCCACAUCACUGUCUUCCCUCCAUCCCUGCCUGGCCACAGAGCUUCCCCUACCCUGCCUGGCAGCAGUACAUGGACACUGGUGCUGCAGGUGAAUGGGAGUCCUUUUGGAGCAGGCACCCCCUCCAACCCUUCAUUCCCAUCCUUUAUCGGUCUCACAAUCUGGCACUGCUCAUGUGGCCUCCAAAACACCUUCCCCAGGAGUCCCUUAAAGGCCUUAUUAUCGUCUGGGACUCUCUCCUUAUUGUCUUAAUUAGCCCUUUCCAUUCCUGUGUUCCUGUGGCUACAGGCAGCCCCUGUGAGUGUCUGGUGAUUCCCACAGACACAGGCACAUGGUGCUGUUUGAAAAGAGAAGGUGCUGCAAAGCUACCCCCGAAAUACCUCCCCUCCUGCCCCUGCUCCACCGCCCUGCCCAGGCUAGGACUGGGACAAAAGGAGUGUCAGUGGUGCAGCUCUCCUGAGCUGAGGAGGAGCAUUUCCUGAGCACAGGCAUGGCAGCUGCUCUGAGUGACACAGGGGCUCUGGGUGGGCACUGCCCAGCCACUCUCUGCCAACCAGCAUCUCCAUGAGAGCUGUCUCCACACAGCUGCACCGACCUGCUCCAGCUGAGAGCAGCACCUUCGGCUCUGCUGUGGCAUUCCUUGGUGAUGGGGCAUCCCGAGCAACAGCUGGGGAGCAACAACUGCAACCCGCAGGAGGGCGAGUUACAAACUUUGUAUCACGAUUUUACAAAUGACCAUCUUGUUCUUGAGUGAACUUUUUACUGUUUCAUUUGUUUGUGUAGAAUGUUUCUGAAGUUCUAAUAAUAUUUAAUGUUAAUAUGAAGCUGGGCUGUUCCACACUCAAUGUUGUAUAUUUUGGAAUGGCAUUGCUUAGUGAAAAGACAGCGUUAGUAUUAUUCCACUCUUUGGAAGGGAAUGGGACAAAAAACAGACUGUCUUUUUUCUUAAAUGAAGUGAACUUUUUGUUAUGAAGUCCUAGCAGGUGUCCAGCCCUUCAGUAAAAUGGUGCUCAGAACCA